GGCAACAGUGUGUCUCGUCAGUGGAGCCUCCUCAGCAGUGUUCCUCCGCCCUAAAUCCCAAAUCCCCUCCGAUGAAUGCGAAGCGACCAAGGUCCGGCGAUCUCCCUCUCCUUCCUACCACCUCUUCGCCGGAGGAAGCGAGCUCCGCCGCCCAGAGAUUCUCGUCUCCUCCCGCUUGCAGGAUGGAUUGGUCCAAUCUCGGCGAAGGGCCGGCGGGGAUGGUCGCCCAGCGGCUUCUCUCCGGCGACGUGGCGGACUACGUCCGCUUCCGCGCCGUGUGCCGCCCGUGGCGGCAUUGCACCGCGGACCCGUGUGCGCACGGCAUCCUGGACCGCCGCUUCCACCCGCGCAGAUGGAUUAUGCUCCGGGAGAAGGUCGCCGACCCUGAACGCCGCCGCCUCCUCAACGUCUCCACCGGCCAGUGCGUCCGGGCGCACCUCCCGGAGCUCCGCGGCCACGGCGUGUGCGCGCCCACCGUCGAGGGCCUCCUCGUCCUGCUCAACAGGACGACGUACGCCGUCCGCCUGCUGAACCCGCUCACCCGCCAGGUGGCCGAUCUCCCGCCGGCGACCACGCUCUACCCCCUGUACAGGGGCGCGCACGGCGCUGAUCCCAGGUUGGAUUUCAAGGUGUCAGGCGCCGGCCUUGCCGACGACGCCACGGUCGCCGUCCUUUUCGACGAGGUCCGGAUGCUGGCCGUCGCCAAGCCUGGCGAUGAGCAAUGGACCCUGGUCCAACGAGGCGCCUCGCUCUCGCCAGCCAUAUCAUUUGCAGGCCGUUUCUACUGCACCACUCACACUGAAAUCAAGAUGGUGGAUACUAGCGACGACAGCCAGCCGCCGCGGCUGGUGGUGGCUGCCAAGAUCAUUCACUGGUUCACCAGAGGUGAGGGCACCGUGCAUCUGCUGGACAAUGGCGGGGAGCUCAUGUUGCUCAGCCGUACCUUGAUGCAGAGAGUCGGCGAAGCAAGAUACUUCAUGGAGUACAAGGUAUCCCGGGUGGAUUUCGAUGCCAGGAAGACGCAGCCCAUGCCUAACCUUGGUGGGCGUGCGGUAUUUAUCGGGUAUACUCACGCAAUUUCCGUGUCCCCUUUGGCAUUCCCCGCCAUUAGGAAUGACUCUGUAUAUCUUGGAAAGGACCAUAAAGUGGGCUAUAAUCUUGAAGAUACCGGACCGUACAAGCUUGUGGAUGGAACAGGAACCACCCCAAGCUUCGAUGAAGGCAGCGGUGUCACUCAGGGUUGUGCUUACGACAACAAUGGCAGGCGCAUCGUCUGCAGAUAUGAACCUCGUAGUAUCGUUGACUAUCUAUCCCUGUAUGUUACCGAGGACACCUCAAUCUCAUAUGCUGAGGAGGACACCUCGGACUCAGAUGCCGAAGCAAACUAAAUACUACUAUGCUUAGAACGUGGAACAGCUCAAUCAAAUGCUCUAUUGUCUGCUGUAUCCAGAUCUAUUUACCCAGUUUAGCAGUUGAACCAGUAAUGAUGUGCUAUGCUGAGAACGUGUAACAACAGCUCAAUCAAAUGCUUUGUUGUCUGCCUUGUAUCUGUAUCCACAUCUAUUUACCCAGUUAGUAGUUGAACCAGUAAUGAUGUGUAAGUCUCUAAUUAUUAUAUAUGUAGUGGCUCUUUUCCA